AUGUCUUUCUUGAGGAACUUCUUUGGUACCUCCGCUACGGCGGCGAAGGACGACCAGAACACGCCUAUCCGUGCUCUUCCCGCCUCCUGGUACACCUCCCAAGCUAUGUACCAGCUUGAACGACGAUCUAUCUUCUCCCGCAAGUGGCUUCUCACCACCCACAAGGCCCGCGUUCCCAACCCUGGCGACUGGGUCCAGUAUGACGCCGCUGGCUACGAAUUCGUUGUCAUGAAAGACCACCAAGGAAAUGUCAAGGCUUGCCACAGCAGCGAUCUCGCUCCCGUUCACACUCACAUUGACCGAAACGGCUUCGUCUGGGUCAACCUGGAUGCUAGCGCGACCCCAGAGGUAGCUUGGAAGGACGACUUCGAGGGAGUCGAUGAGCAGCCUCGCUUCCAGCACUACAACUUCGAUGAGUACAACUUCGACCACACAUGGGACAUGGAAGGCGACUUCAACUGGAAGAUUCUCGCCGAUAACUACAAUGAGUGCUACCACUGCCAAGUCGCUCACCCCGAUAUCCCUACCAUCGCCGAUCUCAACUCCUACUAUGUCAAGACCAAAGAUGGCCAUAUCCAGCACUACGGUGCCCAACGACAAGAUCAGAUUGAUAAGGGCUUCCGCAUUGCUACCACCUACUUCUGGCCCAACGCCUCGUUCAACAUCUCCCCACACUUCUUCUUCAUGCAACGAUUUACCCCUAUGAGCCCCACCAAGUCGGUCAUGCGCUACGAAGUCUAUCGGCACAAGGACGCCAGCGAUGAGGAAUUCAACCUUAUCAGCGACAUGUACAAACGAAUCAUGUCCGAGGACAAAUACCUCUGCAUCCACACGCAGAAGAACCUGAACGCCGGCGUCUUCGUCAACGGCCAGCUCCACCCGGAGAUGGAGAAGGGCCCUCUUCACUUCCAGAAGACUGUACGGGAGGUUGUCACAGAACACAACAAGAAGGAAGACGCCGCUGGCCACGAGAUCUGGCCCGCUCAGCGAAGUGCUCCCCAGGAUUCUACCGUCAGCCAAGACACCUUCUCUUUCCCCACACCUGUUGACAGCUACACUGAGAAGGACGACUUGAAGGACAGUCUCAAUGCCAAUCUUGCCACAGCAAUCGCUGUCUAG